UGGGAGGCGACUCGGGAGGAGUUUUGGCGGGAGGGGCACAAAUAUAGUGGCUGGCGCGCCCCACUGGCCGAGGCCCCUAGGCAUAUGAAUCCGCUCGAACACGGCCUCGUCACGGGAAGGAGGACUACGACGGCUUCACCUAAAGCGUGAUAGAGGAGAGAAUCGGAUCUCCCUUGAGAGCAGCGGUUGAGCGGCGCGGCGUGCUCCCUCCCGUGCACCGCUCGUAGCACCCUAUUUCGCUCCCUGCUAAGUUCUUAGCAGCUCCCCGAGAGUCGAGGCAUGGCGGGCGAUGAUAGUUGCAAGAGCGUGGCAAUCAGGAUCCAGCAGCAUUUGGUGAUCCCAGACUUUUUGCAGUCGGUCAGUCUCAAGUAUGUCAAGCUGGGAUACCACUACGCGCUCAAGCAUUUCAUGUACCUGGCUUUGCUCCCGCUCUUGGUGGCCGCCGCCGCCGAGAUUGGACGGGUGGGGAGGCGAGAGCACAUAUGGCUGCUGUGGGAGAGCCUCCACCUCAACCUCAUCAACGUGCUCUUCUGCUCCGCUGCCUUCGUCUUCCUGGCCACCGUCUACUUCAUGGCUCGCCCCCGGAGAGUCUACCUCCUGGACUUCGCCUGCUACAAGCCCGACGACAGGUACAAGUGCUCCAUGGAGGUGCUUGAGGACUUUGCUGCCAAGUCUGGCAAGUUCAACGACGCCAGCCUCGAGUUCCAGAAGAAGGUGGUGUGGCGCUCGGGCCUGGGGCCCGAGACGUACGUGCCCGCAUUUGUUUUUGACGAGCCUGGCACCGAGCCGAGUAUGAGGCAGGCGAGAAGGGAGGCAGAGCAAGUCAUGUUUGGAGCCAUUGACGAGGUGCUGGACAAGACCCACGUCAAGCCCAAGGACAUUGGGAUGCUCAUCGUCAACUGCAGCCUCUUCAAUCCAACGCCCUCCCUCUCCGCUAUGAUCGUCAACCACUACAAGCUCCGCGGGAACAUCAAGAGCUUCAACCUGGCCGGAAUGGGAUGCAGUGCGGGCCUCAUCUCCGUCGACCUCGCCAAGGACCUGCUCCGAGUUCACCCCAACUCGUGUGCGCUCAUCGUCAGCACCGAGAACAUCACCCAGAACUGGUACGUGGGAAACGACCGCUCCAUGCUCGUCACCAACUGCUUGUUUCGCAUCGGUGGCGCUGCAAUUCUGCUCACAAACCGGACAAGGGACCGCCACCGUGCAAAGUACGAGCUGGUUCAUUCGGUGAGGACGCACAAGGGGGCCGACGACAAGUCGUUUGGAUGCGUGGAGCAGAGGGAAGACGAGCUCGGCUUGCGAGGGGUAUCGCUGUCCAAAAACCUCAUGGCUGUUGCCGGCGAAGCUCUCAAGACCAACAUCAGCACCUUGGGUCCCUUGGUCCUUCCCAUCUCGGAGCAGGCAAUCUUCGUGGCUCAUCUCGUGGCUCGAAGGAUCCUCCACAUGAAGCACGUCAAGCCUUACAUUCCGGACUUCAAGCUGGCAUUCGAGCACUUUUGCAUCCACGCUGGAGGUCGGGGCGUCCUGGACGAGAUCCAGAAGAACUUGCAGCUGGGAAGCUGGCAUAUGGAGCCUGCAAGGAUGACUCUCCACAGGUUUGGCAACACGUCCAGCAGCUCGCUGUGGUACGAGCUUGCCUACUCCGAAGCCAAGGAGAGAAUCAGGCGGGGCGACCGAGUGUGGCAGAUAGCUUUUGGCUCUGGAUUCAAGUGCAACAGUGUCGUGUGGAGGGCCACCAGGAACCUUGACAAGCCGUACAGGAACCCCUGGCUGGAUUGCCUGCACAGGUACCCGGUUGACAUGUCUGCCCACGCAUCGCCAUCGCCCUCCUGAAUGGAGAACGCACAAGUUCCUGAUUUCAGCCAGUACACAAACUUGUAUUUCUAGAUGAAAAAGAAUACGAGCAAUGAAGGAUUUUACGCUA